AUGCAGAGAUGGGUUAGGUCCCAAUUGUACUGCUACUCCACGGCUUCCCUGAGCUCUGGUACUCCUGGCGCCAUCAAAUCAUCUACCUCGCCGCCCACGGGUACCGAGCAGUCACCCCUGACCCCCGUGGCUAUGGAGACACCACCGGAGCACCUAUUGACGAUCCUACCAAGUUCACUACACUCCAUGUUGUCGGCGACAUGGUUGCACUCAUCGCCGCUCUUGGAACCAUGGGAAAUAGAAGUUGUGUUUGCGAGUCUUGGAACCAAGAAGGUUUUUGAGAAAUUCUUGACACAUCGUGAUCCUGAUCCGUUUUAUUUCCCUAAAGAUAAGCCCUUCGGAGCUUUUGUGACAACCCGAUAUUUCGAGACAAUGAAAUCUUUGUAUGAUACUCCUGUCAUCUUGCCAUUAUGGUUAUCCGAAGAAGAUGUUGAAUAUUACACCAAAAAGUUCGAGCAAAUUGGUUUCACAGGAGGAAUAAACUACUACCGAUGUUUUGACCUAAAGUACAAUGGGAAUUUCCUGUUUAAUAUGUUGGGAAAAUGGAAGGAAUCUGAAUACUUUGGUCAAUCUGUUCCAGUUGGUGGUCUUGCUUAUUAUGUUACCGCACCUUCUUAA